CCGGGUGAAAGUUCACGGCUGAGGCUGAGACCUUUCUCUCUCGCCCGGGUGGAGGCCUCGCGGCCCCGGGGGGCGGCCGGAACUCGAGAGGCUCCCGCCGCCCGCAGUCGCGGGUUGAGGAGGGAGCCUGGGCCUCUCCCGCCAGCCCCGCCUCGCCCCGCCCAGCCGCCGAGCGGGGAAGCGCCCCUGAGGCGAGCGCAAGCCGAGGGGCGGGGCGAGCCCUCGGCGGCGGCGGAGCGCGCGGGAGUUGACGUUAGCCAUGGAAACGCGGAGCGGGCGCCGGAGCGAGCGCGGGGAGCUGGCGGCGCGGCCGCCUGCGCUUCUCCGCGUCCGCGUUCGGGUCGCAGGGAGCCUCCGGGCGGCGUCGCCCACCCCGGGUUUACCUGCAGAAAUGCAGUUCCCGGGAUUCCUUCGCCUCGCCUCUUCCCUCGGGUGACUCGAGACUGCUGUGUUACAGAAGAAGAUGCGGCUUUCACAAUAAUCCUGAAUAAGAAGGAUGAGUCCAGAUGUGCCUCUGCUGAAUGAUUACAAACAGGACUUCUUUCUGAAGCGUUUUCCACAGACUUUUCUUGGAGGCCCUCGAUUCAAAUUAGGCUAUUGUGCCCCUCCUUAUGUAUAUGUUAAUCAAAUUAUCCUUUUUCUGAUGCCAUGGGUUUGGGGUGGUUUAGGAACACUUUUGUAUCAAUUGGGCAUUUUGGAAGACUACUACACAGCAGCACUUUCAGGUGGACUAAUGCUUUUUGCUGCAUUUAUCGUCCAGUUCACAAGUUUAUAUGCCAGAAACAAAUCGGUUUCAGUAGAAAGAAUGCUAACCACAGAUAUCUUAGCAGAGGAAGAUGAACAUGACUUUACAAGUUGUGCUGGUGCUGAAACGAUCAAAUUUCUAAUUCCUGGCAAGAAAUACAUAGCCAAUACAGUUCUUCAUUCUUUUCUUGCUGGGUUAAUGUGUGGUCUUGGAACAUGGUAUCUGCUCCCAAAUAGAAUAUCCCUGCUGUAUAACAGUGCAGGAGGCACUGUUCUACUGUUUGUCUUUGGAUGGAUGACAUUAUGUAUAGGAGAAUAUUCAUUAAUUGUAAACACAGCUGCAGAGACUGCGACUUUCCAAACCCAGGAUACUUAUGAAAUCACUCCUCUUAUGAGACCUCUUUAUAUUUUUGUCUUUGUUUCUGUAGAUCUUGCACACAGGUUUAUGGUAAAUGUACCAGCUUUAGAACAAAUGAAUCAGAUUUUACACAUCUUAUUUAUAUUUUUACCCUUUCUUUGGGCACUUGGGACUCUGCCCCCACCUGAUGCACUUUUCUUAUGGGCAAUGGAGCAGGUUUUAGAGUUUGGCCUUGGAGGCUCAUCUAUGUCAACUCACUUAUGGUUAUUAAUAAUGUUCACCAUUUCUGCUGGAACAGCUGUAACAUCAUAUUUCAUUCCCAGUACUGUUGGUGUGGUUCUUUUCAUGACUGGACUGGGAUUCUUACUAAGUCUUAACCUAAGUGACAUGAGUCUUGUCUUCAAACACAGUGUCACCAGAGUUGGAACCAAAUCUAAAGCUUCACCCAGUGGUUCAGAAAAACAGUUUACUUGGAAAGAAUGCCUUUUCUACAUCAUCAUAUUAGUCUUGGCUCUCACAGAAACUAGUUUGCUGCAUCACUUUGCUCGUUUCCCACAGAUUUCCAAUAACAGUCCUCAGGCUAUUGUUGGCUAUAUUUUGAUGAUAUUGCUUAUAAUACUAUGGAUACUUAGAGAAAUUCAAAGUGUUUAUAUCUUUGGAAUUGUCCGAAACCCUUUGUAUCCAAAGGAUGUGCAAACUGUGACUUUAUUCUUAGAGAAGCAAACAAGACUCGUGAAGAUUGGUGUUGUCAGACGGAUUUUGCUAAAUCUAGUGUCACCCUUUGCUAUGAUAGCAUUUCUUUCACUGGACAGUUCCUUACAGGGGCUCCACUCUGUGUCUGUCUCCAUUGGAUUCACAAGAGCCUUUAGAAAGGUAUGGCAGAGUACAGAAAAUGCUUUAUUAGAGACAGUCAUUGUGUCAGUAGUACACUUGCUGAUCUCCAGUACGGAUGUGUGGUGGAACAGAAGCCUGGAUACAGGAAUCAGACUCUUACUGGUUGGUAUCAUGCGUGAUCGUCUGAUUCAGUUCAUCUCUAAACUACAAUUCGCUGUGACUGUACUUUUGGCAUCGUGGACUGAGAAAAAACGUCGAAAGUCAACCACCUCUUUAUGUAUACUCAACAUUGUCUUCUUUCCAUUCGUGUUGGUCUUCAUAGUUUUUUCUACACUACUCUCCUCUCCCUUACUCCCCCUCUUCACCCUUCCUUUGUUCUUGGUGGGCUUUUCCCGACCUAUUCAGAUUUGGCCAGGAGCAGUGGGCACCACAGCCUGCGUGUGUGCAGAUACAGUAUACUACUACCAGAUGAUCCCAAGUUUGACCACUGCAUUGCAGUCUGCAAUGGCAGCUGGAAGUUUAGGUCUCCUCUUACCUGGGUCUCAUUACUUGGGCCGUUUUCAGGAUCGUUUAAUAUGGAUAAUGAUUCUAGAAUGUGGUUAUACGUACUGCUGUAUUAACAUUAAGGGGUUAGAAUUGCAAGAGACGUCCUGUCAUACUGCUGAAGCUCAAAGAGUUGAUGAAGUUUUUCAAAGUGCCUUUGAACAAGAAUCUUCAAGAAUAUGUUCUAUUAAUGAACACUUUGGAAAUGUCUUGACACCUUGUACUGUUUUGCCAGUAAAACUCUAUUCUGAUGCCAGGAAUGUUCUAUCUGGCAUAAUCGAUUCUCAUGACAAUUUAAAAGAAUUUAAUGGUGACCUUAUUAAAGUACUUGUGUGGAUACUUGUUCAGUACUGCUCCAGAAGACCCAACGUGCAGGAGGUUGUUCACAAAAUGGAAAAUAAAGGGAAAGCAUCCCCAAUAAUCCUGCCUGCUUUGACUGCUUCACUACAAACCCAAUCGCCAGAAGACACAGAUAGUUUAAAUUCAGAAAUUUUGGAUGACUGGUCUGAUGAUAAUAUUUUUGGCGAUGAGCCAACUAUCAAAAAAGGAAAAGAAAAAGAUCAAUUAAAGGUUGUACCAGAUAUAAAUUUGCCUAUUCCAGGAUCACUAGAAGCACAGGAGGUUGGCGAUCAUUUUUUAGGCACAGUUCCUGAAAGCAGUCUUUACAAGUCAGUUAUAUUGGGAUACCCUGUGGUUGACAAAGGAAAACCAAAAGAUAUGGCAUAUAUCCCUCUCCUGGAGUUCAGUUGUUCUCAUUCUCACUUGUUAAGCUUACCUGAAGAGUGGACAUCUAAUUGUUUGCCUAAUUCCAAAAUGAGGGAGAUGAGCUCAUUAUUUCCAGAAGAGUGGUAUCAAUUUGUUUUAAGGCAGUUGGAAUGUUUUCAUUCAGAAGAAAAUGCCUCAAAUGUACUGGAAGAAAUUGCAAAGGACAAAGUUUUAAAAGACUUUUAUGUUCAUGCAGUAAUGACUUGUUAUUUUAGUUUAUUUGGAGUAGAUAAUAUGGUUCCCAGUCCUGGUCAUUUAUUGAGAGUUUACAGUGGUGUUUUGCCUUGGUCUCUUGCCUUGGAUUGGCUCACAGAAAAGCCAGAACUGUUCCAACUAGCACUGAAAGCUUUCAGGUAUACUCUGAAAUUAAUGAUUGAUAAAGCAAGUUUAGGUUCAUUAGAAGACUUUAAAGAGCUGACUAAUUGCCUUGAAGAAUAUGAAACUGACUGGUACAUUGGUUUGGUAUCUGAUGAAAAGUGGAAGGAAGCAGUUUUACAAGAAAAACCAUACUUGUUUUCUCUGGGAUAUGACCCUAAUAUGGGAGUUUACACUGGGAGAGUACUUACUCUUCAAGAAAUGUUGGUCCAAGUUGGGAAGUUAAAUGCUGAAGCUGUUAGAGGUCAGUGGGCCAAUCUUUCAUGGGAAUUGCUUUAUGCCACAAACGAUGAUGAGGAACGAUAUAGUAUACAAGCUCAUCCACUACUUUUAAGAAACCUUACGGUACAAGCAGCUGAUCCUCCCUUGGGAUAUCCAAUUUAUUCUUCAAAACCUCUCCACAUACACUUGUAUUAGAGCCCCUUUUGACUUGUAAGUGUAUUAUCAUCAAUUGAGAUGUUUUUAUUUUUUCAUUCUAGAAGAGUAACAAUGUUAUUCCUUAUAAUUUCACUGAACUUCUCUUUUUCCUCCUACAAGUCAGAUGCCUGGGAAAAGCAAGCUGUGUAAAGUUGAUUCUCUUAGCUAUCUUAAUGAUUAAAAAAGCAAACAAACUUUGUCUAACAUAAAAGUUAGAACUAGUUGGCCAAUAUUUGUGCCCUAUGAACUGUAGUAGACUUUAGCAAAUAUGAAACAUUUGUAUAAGAUAUGUAAUGAGUUUCUUAAUGUUUUCUUAAAUAUGUGAUAAGUGACUUGCCUUACAGAAGUCAACAACAAUGUUGACUUUUACUUAGAAGAUAUACACAUAUAUCAGUGUUUUCAUGUAAUGAUAAUGGGUCCUAUUGAAAGUUGCAUAAUGUGAUUAUAUUUAUUCGAAAUAUUAAAUUUUAUAGUAUUUUCAAACUUCGUGCUGUUUUAACGUUUAACAUGGUCUGAGUGUCUUCAUAUGAUCUAUUCAUUUUCUUUUCAUAUGCUUUAAUUCAGAAACCUUAAAAGCUUUUAAUAAAACAUCUUCCAAUAAAAUAUUUUCCUUCCUUUCCCAGUAUCUUUUUGAUAUAUGUGAAAGGAUACAGGUUUAUCUUGUUCAUCAGAAUUAAGUGUUUGGGUACAACAUAAUGAGUGACUGCUAGAGACCAUUCUGUAGAUGUGACUCCUUAAGAAUUUCUUCUCAAUUAAAUAUACUGCUUCUGGAGAAUUACUUGACCCACUAGGACUAGUGGUUACUAGUGUCUUAGAUAUCUAAAGGCAGAAAGAAAUAGGAGAAAAAUUUUCAUAAUACGAACAGAAUUUUCAUUCUUUUGCUGCUUAUAGGUACAGAGAAGAAGUUGAUGGUUGCAUGAGGAAGAGGGUAGGGGAGGAUGAAAUGGGUGAAGAUCAAAAUGUACAAACUUCCAGUUAUAAAUAAGUCAUGGGGAGGCAUGAUACUAUAGUUAAUAAUGCCAUAUCGCUCGCCUGAAAGUUGCUAAGAGUAUAUCUUAAAAGUUCUCAUCACAAACAAAAAAAAAAAAUUUAUAACUCUGUAUGGUGACAGAUGUUAACUAGACAUACUGUGGUGAUCAUUUCAGAAUAAUAUAUACAAAUAUUCAAUCAUUAUAUAUACCUAAAACUAAUACAAUGUUAUCUGUCAGUGAUAUUUCAAUUUUUAAAAAAUGGUAAGCAUUUUCUAAAUUCCAUAUCCAUUGUAGCCAAUAAAAAAUAUUAAGCUAUGGCUGCUUCCUGGUGCCUGGUGAUUCAGUUGGUUAAGCAUCCGACUCUUGAUUUUGGCCACACACUACUAAAACUCAACCAAAAUUUAAAAAGAUGAAAUAGACAAUCCCAAUAUCUUAUAACCAUUAAAUAAAUUGAAUUUUUAAUUUAAAAUCUCCUGAAAAAGAAUAAUCCAGACUCAGAUGCUCUUCUUUUAGAUUCAGCCAUAUUGUUGCAUGUAUCAAUAGAUCAUUUUUCUUGCUAAUACUCCAUUGUAUGGAAUAAUCCACAAUAUGUUUAUUUCAUUCAUCUGUUGAUGGACAUUUGGGUUUUUUACAGUUUGGCACUAUUAUGUAAAAGCUGUUACGAACAUUCAUUUGCAAGUGUUUGUAUGGACAUAUGUUUUCAUUUCUCUUGGGAAAAUACCUAGAUCUAGAAUGGCUGAAUCAUAUGGUAGGUGUAUUUUUAACUUUUAAGAAAUUGCCAAACUUUUUCAAAUCAGUUGUACCAUUUUACAUUCCCACCAGCAUUAUGUAUAUAAACCCUAGAAAAUGCAAACAAAUCUAUAGUGACAGAAAGUACAUCAUUGGUCACCUGGGGUGGGAUAGGCAGGGGCAGCAAUUAAAAAGGGGCACAAAAGAACUCUGGAGGCUGAGGGAUAUGUUUGCUCUCUUUAUUGUGCUAAUAAUAGUUUCACAAGUGUGGCCUACAUGUCAAAACAUUUCAAAUUGUAUGUUUUAAAUAUGUGGAGCCAUAGUACAUCAAUUAUACUUCAGUAGAGGUGUUAAAAAUAAUAGGUUAUUUAUUUACUUAAUAAGAUGUUUAUUUCGCCCCUGAAUAACUGAUUGUGCCUGAGGUCUGAUGUGACUUACUGCAGCACCCAGUAGUCAGCAGACUAAGCCUGAAGCCAUAGCUUCUGCUGGUGACUCUUCUAACCGGCUCACCAGUUGUCACUUUGCACAACCCCAUCUCUGCCUCACUUUCAGCAUUGAUAGAAUGAGCACAUCAUUUCCUUCCUAUUUCAAAGGGCCAGUCGAGAUGAUUAGGAAAUGAGAGGUCAGAGCAAAAUAAUAAACUUCUAAAUGUAUGUGAACAGUUGGUUUCAUAGCUCUUGACGAUCUUUGACAAAAAGCUGCCUUUCCAUCUUGGACUGCUCACAAAAAAGACCGAGGAAGAGAGGGUUUAUAACACAGAAAGGUACAUAAUUGUAUAUGUCAUAGAAAAAUGCCAUACAGAUGAAUUUGUAAAGAUCGUUUUGUUUAUGCCUCUUCUACUCUUCAUUGGCUGGAGUAAUUGAGCAAACCGAACUCGUUCCUUCAUCCUCAUACUAUGCUGUGAGUUUUCAUUCAUUACAUUCUGGAAGACUGGCAUACUCUCAACAAACCCUAAACAUUGGUGACCAUAAUGACAAGGUCUUGGAGAUUUAAUGACAGAACUGACCUGGAUAACAGUCUCUUGAAACCAUCUAAAUUCCACCCUUUCAAGGCUCAGUGCAAAUUACCUUCUCCACAAAGGAUUUCCACACUAUUCUAACUGCCCCGGAGGAGUUUCCAUAGCAUAGUGAUUAUCAUGUUCACCUUGCACUAUUCUAUAUUCAAAUCUCUCCCUUUUCUUAAUUAUUUGUGCUUAUAGUACCAUGCCAUGUGACAUUAUUUUGUAGCAUUCUAGAAUUGUUCCAACAAUUUUUUUUUUAACCUCAGGUGUGGUGUAUUCAAUUAAUCAUAAUGCCCGUUUUCAUCACUGGUUGUGCAAGAGCCCUCUUGUGUAUUAGAUUUUAUCCCCAUACUGUACCCUCAUUCAUUGCCUUCCUCAUCCUGAGUUACCAUUUUAAUAAAUCUAAUGUAUAUCUUUUUAUUGUAUGUUUUCUUAUAAAAUGAGCGCUACCUUCCAUGCAUGUAAGUUUAAGUGCAUGUAAACAGAAUUGUGUUAUGGCUCAUCAUUUAUGUCCUCUACUCAUUGCCACUCUUCUAGGAUAUAAGCAUGUUGCCAUGUGUUCAUUUAUUCCAUUGCUGCUGUACCCCAUGGUAUACCUGUCACCUCCCCCCUUUUGUUAAGGAUAGCCACCUGAGUGGCCUCGAACUUACCCAACUAUUCUAGUUAUUUUAUGUAUGUUGACUAGCUAAACUAUUAACUGCUUAUAAAAAAGAAACAUUUUUCUUCUCUACAUCCCUCUUGAUGAUAAAAAAAGUAAAAUUAAUAAUAACUAAAGAGUUGCCAAUGGAGUUUUCCUGAGUUGAAUUUAAUCCUAGCUUUACCUCUUACUAGCUCUGUGACUUUGGGAAAGUAAUACCUACUUGCUUUGAGCAUCUCUUCCUCUAUAAAGGUGGAUAAUACCAUGCAUACCUUAGUGGGCUGUUAGGAAUAAAUGAAUUAUCUCCUACAAAGCACCUCAACAGCAAACGCCAUAGGACAGAUGUCUAAUAAUGGCUGCUAUGAGCCCUACCCACUGCUUCAAAUUAUAGUCACUUGUACCUGUCAGGUCUUCUGAGAGUUUAAGUACCUUAGAGGCAGGUCCACUUCAGCUACAUCUUUAUAUCUGCUCAUUAUCCCGCACUCUGUUUCAUAUAAUAGUCCAUACGUUUAUGUCUAGUGGGUUGCUAUAAUUUUUUGGUUAGCAUUUCUACUAACCUAGAUUUUAAAAAUAUAUGCUGAAGCAUUUCAAAAUGCUUUUUGCUGGAGAGGAGAUGGGUAGGGGGAUGGGUUGUCAAGGUGAUGGGCAUUAAGGAGGGCAUUUGAAAUAGCACUGGGUGUUGUAUGCAACUGAUGAGUCACUAAACUCUACCUCUGAAACUAAUGAAACAAGUACCAAAAAAAAAAAAAAAAAACAAAAACCAUUUUAUCCAAGAAUGCAGCAUGUGUUAAUAUCUUUAUUGCAAGAUUCGUGGCAAUCUUUUAUUUAUUAUUACAUGUUGAAAGAAAAGCUUUAUCUACUGAAAAAUAAAAUCCGAAGUUAAUCUUCAGUGUAUAAGAAGAUUGCAGUUUUCAUUUCUUCCUCCAGCGGUCUAAAAAAAUGCAAGCACUCCUUCAAUCAUGUUUUGUCUUCCAGGUUUUAAAGUAAGAGAUAUCUGCAUC